GGUCUGUGGGAGCGUGAAGGAAGCAGGACUGACCGAGUGUAUGGGCUUGGUGGUCGUGUCACUGGGGAGGUGACAACAUUAGAGAGAACUAUAUAACAGUAACAUGCAACAAAUGCCAGUGUUACAAUCCACAGUGGCUCCAGUGGAGGGGAGGUUACGUCGCAGUGUACCAAACCUGCCAGCGAUCAAGCCAGACAGGCUAAAAACGGCUAAAACGCUAGUGGCGAAAGCAGUGAAGCUGAGGAAAGUGUUUUCAGUGCAGGGACCCUACCCUGUGAUCCGUGCUGCCUUGUGGGCCAGAGGGUGGGUGGAACGUCAUGUGCCCCAUCCUGCCCAGAGAGCAACUCAUUGCCAUGGCAACGAAGAGGAUGAUGGUGAUGCUGGUGCUGAUGUUACUGAGAGAGCGGAUGAAGGCGAGAAAGAGGAGAACCUUGAUGACAUGUAUGACCUCAUGUCUCGCCUGGUUCGAAAUGAAACAACAUAUUUUCACUGGACAACACGUCGGGAUUACAUAGACUGUCACUCCUUACGGAAUGACCAAAUAACCAACCACUAUGCGAAUUCUGGGACGUUUACUACUAAGGUGGGGCUCUGUGUCAACUUGCGUAACCUUCAGUGGUUCGAUACAGCAGAUCCUGACACCUUCUUUCCAAGAUGCUACAGGCUCGGAGCAGAGGAUGAAAAGCAUGCAUUCAUAGAGGAUUUCAGGAAGACGGCCUGCACCAGCCUGCUGCAGCAUGUGGUUGAGACAAGUAGAUGGAGGAGAGAUGGAGCAGAGGAGUUGGAUAAUGUGGAGCAUCGAUUUGUUGGUCCAGGAAUGAUCGACACGGCUUUGCACGUGUGUCAAGAGUUUCUUAAUGUUUUAGAGCACGCCGACAUUGAUGUUACAGUAGAGACACUCCCCUCGGUGGAGGAACAGCAGUGGGCAGAGUUUCUGCAGGACUACUACGUGGUUGUGCAUGAAGGUGCCUUGAUCAGGGGUAGCGGUGUGUUUGUGGAGCGCUGCCAGGCCACUUUAAUCAGACUGCAGGAGGCUUGCCCUCAGCUGGAUACCGAUGGACUGAAUAACAUCUGGAUCAUCAAACCAGGUGCCAAGUCAAGAGGACGGGGUAUUAUGUGUAAAAAUCGCUUGGAGGAGAUUUUGGCACUUGUGGACAGUGACAGAGCCCUGACUAAAGAGAGUAAGUGGGUGGUUCAGAAAUACCUAGAACGUCCUCUGUUGGUCCAUGGCACCAAGUUCGACCUCCGUCAGUGGUUCCUCGUCACCGACUGGAACCCUCUGACUGUCUGGUUCUACAGAGAGUGCUACCUGCGAUUCUCCACUCAGCCAUACUCGACAAAAACUCUGGACAGCUCAGUCCACCUGUGCAACAACUCUAUCCAGAAGCACUUUCAGCCAUCCUGUGACCGCCAUCCAGGAGUGCCUGAGGACAAUAUGUGGUCCUGUUCUCAGUUUAGGGCUUAUCUGCAGCAGCAGGGCCGUGGGGAGGAGUGGGAAUCAGUGGUGGUCACAGGCAUGCAGCAAGCAGUGGUCCGUGCCCUGCAGACAGCCCAAGACCUGGUUGAGCCCCGCAAGGCGAGCUUUGAGCUAUAUGGAGCCGACUUUAUGUUGGGCAAAGAUCUGAGACCUUGGCUUCUGGAGAUCAACGCUAGUCCGACUAUGGCCUGCACCACCGCUGUGACCGCUCGCCUCUGCCCUGCUGUGCAGCUGGACACACUGAGGGUUGUUCUGGACAGACGGACUGAUCCCAGUGCUUACACAGGAGGCUUCCAGCUCAUCUUCAAACAGGCUGCAGUUGACGUUCCUCAGUAUAUGGGAGUGAAUCUGCUGGUGGAAGGAGCCCCCAUAAGGCGAUCCAGACCUCUACUUCAUAGACAAACUGUUACUUCUAACCCAACUCUCGCUGUCCAGUUACCUCUGGACCAGUCGUUGUCAGAAAAGGUUGAAACGACACAUAAACCAUCAGGUCAGAGGUCCUACGCAGUCUCCGCUUUUCGUCACUCAGGCAAGGAGAACCGAGCUGCUGGAGAGAAAAAGAGGCAGCUGACAUCAACAUCUUCUAAGAGGGAACCCGAGGGGAGAACAUAUGUUCAGAAUACCUUCCAUGUUCGCAGGCCCUGUCGCAGUCGGACAUGUGAACAGCCAUUGGUGGUACACACUGAACCUCAGAGGAAAGCACAACGUUUGGGUUUGAGUCUUGUUGCCAACGGGGCAACUCUGGUCCCACAGAGCCUUUUCUUUUCCCUCAGCCCUCCUCAGAGCGUGUCAGAUUGCAAAUCUCAGACCAACGCAGGCCAUGGAUCAAGCAUGUCCAGAUCCUUCCUUCCCCAGACAGCCUUUGAGCUCCAACACAGAACUCCUACCUGCGGCUUUCCUUCACUCCGGGGUCCCCUUCCUACACUGGAGGUCUUUAGCUUGCAACCAAACAUUGUGGCUGCAACCUCUCCCUGUCGUAAUCCAAAUGUGUCCUUUCACCCAAGUGUCCACAUGCAUCAGUUAUUCCUCUGCUCUCGAAGGCAAAGCAUGGCCAAAUUUAAAAGAGUGCACAGGGGAACAUAAAAAUCAACGCUAUUGAGUGUCAUUACAACAACACAUUACAUAUUACAGUCACAACCUAUUGUGAUUGUUGUAUCAUUCAAAUUAUUCUGAUGGCAUCAGAUGUAUUUGUAGAAACUUGAAACAAUCGUGGUGCGUGGCAGUAGUGAGACAUUCUCAAAUCAUCCACAUAGGGACUUUAAAUUUACAACAUCAAAGUAAAUAUAUGAGUAAUUUAACACUCCCAAAUAAGGAUUUAAAUAUCACAUAUUCCAUAUAUUUCAGAAGUACAUUUGAAUUUUUUAGUUUUAGUUUUUAGUUUUAGUUUGGCAAAAUGACGACUGGUUCCAUCCUCUGCAUUAAAAUAAACAGAUGUAUGUG